AGUCUUUCACCGUUAUACGUUACAGUAAUCAUAUCUUACAAGCAUUUUACUGGGAGAUAUCGUUGCAUCGCAAUGUAUAACGUACAGAAUAAAACUGCAAUGAUCACUGGGGCAGCUAGUGGAAUAGGCUACAAGUGUGCUGAAAUAUUGCUUCGCAAUGGUGCACAAAAGGUUGCCAUAGUCGAUUUGCCAACAUCGAACGGCCAGAAUGUGGCGGCUACUUUGGAGAACGAAUUUGGGAAUGGCCGUGCCAUCUUCAUUGCUUGCGACGUAUCAAAAACCGAUGAUUUAAAGAAGACGUUCGAGAAGAUCGUCAAUGUGUUUGGAAGACUCGAUAUUCUUAUCAACAAUGCUGGUGUUUGUUACGAAAAUCUCUGGGAACAAAUUAUCGAGGUUAAUGUCAAAGCGGUAAUUCGCAGCUCUAUAAUGGCGUUCGAUCAUAUGGGAAAGCACAAAGGCGGCAAAGGCGGCGUAAUCGUCAACAUCUCAUCCGUGGCUGGAUUGUGCCCAGCUUUUUUUAUUCCAAUAUAUUCCGCUUCGAAGCAUGCUGUUCUAGGAUUCAGCCAAUCUCUGUCGAAAAUGUAUGACAAAACCGGAGUACGAGUUGUUAUAAUGUGUCCGGGAGCUACACUGACACCGUUGUUAGCAAAUGUCGAAGAUAAGAUAUGCGACUCUUUUCGAGAUCUGAUAGACACUGACGCUGAAAUGGAUAAAUAUCCAACACAAACAACCGAUAAUGUGGCACUGGCAAUUUUAGAUCUCAUCCAGAAGGGUGAAAACGGAGCGGCUUGGGUCAGCGAAGGUGGUCAACCGCCGUAUGCUGUAGACUUUCCUCAUUAUUCCAAGCGAUCUCUGCCUGUAUAAAUUUGAUAUUUGAUGGCUUAUCUUAUUCUCUUUCUUAAUCAUUUUACAUGAUAAUCAGCGAAUGUUACAGCACAUGUGUUGAAAGUUAUAAAAUUACAUUUCAAAUAAACAUUAACAUUCCAACCAAA